GCCCAUACUUCCCUUCCUUUAUGUUUGCUUUUUAUUCUUCACCUUCUCCAUCUUUCUUUUUUUGAAUUUUCAAUCGCCACCAUCACCACCUUGCUUUUCUUUGCUUAAACACACUCUCUCACAGUCUCUACAUCUACCUUAGCAAUGUGUUUCUUAAAUAUAAAAUAAAUAUCUACGUUGAAAGGGCAGAAGCGCAGAAACAAACACAAGAAGAAACCCACCAAGACAAAUCAAACACUACUGAUCAAAAACUACGCAUGGGAUCACCAACAGACUCCACCGUCAAACAUUCAAGCUCUGUUCUCUGCAAAGUUGUAGCAAUCUUCCUCCUUUUAGCGGCUGUCACAGCCUUCACAGUCUGGCUCGUCUACCGGCCUCAUAAACCCCGCUUCCGUGUGGUUGGGGCUGCCAUUUAUAACCUCAACGCCACCGCACCACCGUUUAUUUCCACCUCCAUGCAGUUCACUCUUGUCACAAGAAAUCCUAACAAGAGAGUUGACAUAAUAUACGACAAGUUAUCUGCAUAUGUUUCGUAUAGAAACCAGCAAAUAACACCACCCAUAGUUUUGCCUCCGCUUUAUCAUGAGACAAAGAGCACAGUGGCGCUAUCUCCAGUUUUGGGUGGUGUGCCAGUACCUGUGUCGGCGGAGGUGGUGAAUGGGUUGGUGAUGGAUGAAAGUUAUGGAGUGGUGAACUUGAGGGUUGUACUUUUGGGGAAGUUAAAAUGGAAAGCUGGUGCCAUAAGGACAGCGAGAUACGGAGUUUAUGUGAAGUGUGAUGUUUGGGUUGGUUUUAAGAAGGGUUUUGUAGGUCAAGUUCCUUUGCUUGGGGCUCCUCCAUGUAAAGUUGAUAUAUGAAAUAUAUGGACAUGUAAGCUCUUGCUUUUAAAGCUUUUUUCUUCAUGCACUCCUUUUUGUGAA